AUGUUUUCGUCUAUUGAAAGUCGUCUCCUGUUCGUAUCUUCGCUGCUCCUGUCUCCUUUAGCAGUGGCACAGAGUUCAACGAAUUCAGCGUCCACUUGUCUUUGCAUCCCAGGAGAUAAAUGUUGGCCAGACCUCAAAGCAUGGUCCCAACUAAAUCACACCAUACAGGGAAGACUAAUUAAAACAACUCCCCUCGCAUCAGUGUGCCACGAGCCAUAUUAUGACGAGGAAGCAUGCAAUUCUCUAGCAGAAGUGUGGUCGCUGCCUCAAACUCAAUAUCCCCAUCCAUCUGAGAUCAUGUCACCUUACUGGCAGAAUCGGAGUUGUGACCCAUUCACAUCUCCGUCCAAGGCAUGUACUCUCGGCAAUUACGUCGAUUAUGCGGUCAACAUAAGUUCUGCCGACGAUGUUUCACAAGCACUGCGGUUUGCACAGAAACACAGUGUCCGUGUUGUUAUCAAGAAUACUGGACAUGAGUUAGUUUACUUCAAUUAUAUAUUAUAUAUACAACUGAAGUUUGAGCUAAUCAUUUUCAGUUACCUUGGAAAGUCUACUGGAAAGGGGUCCCUGAGUCUUUGGACUCACAACAUGAAGUAUGUGGGAUUCCUUAAUUAUUCCAGCACGGAGUAUACUGGACCUGCAAUGAAGAUGGGAGCCGGAGUUCAAGCCUUCGAAGCCUAUGCAGCAGCGGCAUCUCAUGGUCUCCGCAUUAUAGGGGGCUCAUGUGCCACUGUUGGCCUGUCUGGUGGAUUUAUUCAGGGGGGUGGUCAUUCCCCCCUGAGCUCCACGUAUGGGAUGGGUGCAGACCAGGUUCUCGAAUGGGAAGUGGUCACCGCUACUGGAAAGCACCUCAUCGCGUCACCCACCGAAAACAAAGAUCUCUAUUGGGCUCUUAGUGGAGGUGGCGGCGGCACGUACGGUGUUGUCAUUUCGGUUACUGUGAAAGCUUUCAAGGACGGCAUCGUCGGGGGUGCAUAUCUCGAAAUCAACAAGACUGGCACGACGGACGAGAAGUUCUGGAAAGGGGUUGAAGAGUUCUUUAAUUGGGUCCCCGAUAUGGUGGACUCUGGAAGCACAGCUCUCUUCUCUACCUCCAAUACAAGCUUUGUAGUCAUUCCUCUGACCGCGCCAGGCAAGAGUGAAGAUGAGGUGAAGGAUCUGCUACAGCCGUUUCUUGCCAAGAUCAACGACCUAGGCGUACCCAUAACCACCUCAAUAACUUCAUUUCCCACAUAUUUGGAGCAUUUCGCCCACUAUUUGGGCCCCAUGCCCUAUGGUCUCCCGCUUAUCAACAUAGUCGACGUCUCUAUUGGCGGACGACUGAUCCCACGAAAGGUACUCGAGAACGUCACAUCGAACCUGGAUUUCGUUGACGCGCUGAAGCUCAGCGUGCAACCUGGCGGCGACUACCAGACGGGAGGCAUCGCACUAUACGCGCCACAUUCCGUUGCGGGCAACGACCCGUCCUCCAACUCCGUGUUGCCAGCGUGGCGCGACAGCAUUUUAACCAUCCUGGCUUUCGCGCCGUGGGACUUCAAGGUGUCAUUGAGCAACAACAUGGCCGGCGAUGAUUACCUCAACCAGGUUACGAUACCUGCGCUGACAGCGGUUGCGCCCGAUAGCGGUGCAUAUCUGAACGAAGCGAACCUCCAGCAGGACCACUGGCAGAGUGCCUUCUACGGUGCCAACUACGACAGGUUACGCAGUAUCAAGAAGAUGUAUGAUCCCAAAGACCUCUUCUUUGCUAAUACUGCGGUGGGCAGUGAAGCUUGGACGCAAGAUGGCGAUGGACGGUUGUGUAGGAGUACGUAA